AGGGCAGGCAGAGGCAGAGAGCAGGCAAGGCAGAGAGGGAGAGAGGGGAGAGAGAGAGCCCCAAAGCAGCCUUGUGCCUCUGAGCUGGGCUCUGCCAGGGCAGAGCCAGCAUGCUGGUCCUCAGCCCGCUUGUCCGGGGAUCUUACCUGCUGCUUUUCUUCUGCUUUGCUUUGCCUCAGACUGCGUACGCUGACAAUGUCUUCUCACUUUCAGCAGACCUCCCUUGUUUGGAACAGAAGAAGCAGCACUGCAGAGCAUGCUGCCUCCUUGGCCCUCCUCCACCACCCUUGUUCCCACCACCGUACUUCAGGCACAGCUGGGGCACUAAGCUGGAUAUGGAAGAGUUGUGUCAUGAGCUCCAGAUAAUACAGGCUUCCUCUCUGCCUGAAUUGCACUGCUCUGCAGGGCCUCCUGGCCCCCAGGGUCCACAAGGAAUUCCUGGUAUAGUGGGACCAAAAGGGGAGAAAGGGGAGAUUGGCAGGCCUGGAAGAAAGGGCAGACCAGGUCCGCCAGGUGUCCCUGGGAUGCCAGGACCGGUAGGAUGGCCUGGACCUGUGGGACCGAAGGGUGAAAAGGGAGAGUUGGGUGUGAUGGGAUUGCCAGGUACAAGAGGACCAAUGGGCUCCAAGGGUUUUCCUGGAACUAGAGGAGAAAAGGGAUCCAGAGGUGACAGAGGCGACAAAGGAGUCAAAGGAGACCCGGGAGAAAUAGGCUUCCCUGGAAUGCUGGGACAAAAAGGAGAGAUGGGCCCCAAGGGACAGUCUGGAGUACCAGGACACAGAGGACCUAUAGGAAGACCUGGAAAACGAGGCAAACAAGGACUCAAGGGGGACAUCGGGCCUGCGGGUGUCAUGGGCCCACCCGGCAGGCCCGGGCCUGUGGGCCAGCCAGGCCCCCCUGGACCUUCAGGAAUAGGGCAAUUUGCAAUUGGACCAAAGGGAGAAAGAGGACUUCCAGGGCCUCCAGGGAGAUGUCUCUGCAGAACCCCACAGCAAAUGAGUAACCCAUCAUAUGAGCAAUCUGUGUUUGGACACAGCUACCCAAAAGUUCCCGCGAUUUUUGUGGUGAACAAUCAAGAAGAACUGGACCGGUUAAACACUGAAAAUGCAUUAGCAUUUAGAAGAGAUCAGAGAUCUUUGUAUUUCAAGGAUACCUUUGGAUGGCUCCCAGUCCAGCUCACCCCUCUGUACCCCAUGGAUUACCGCUUGGAGGAGGGGGGCACCUGUGGAGAUGGCAUCGUGCAGGAUGGGGAGGAGUGCGACGAUGGCAACACAGUUGUGACUGAUGACUGCAUAAGGUGCCGCCGUGCUUACUGUGGAGAUGGCUACAAGCACGAGGGGGUUGAAGACUGUGAUGGGAUGGAUUUUGGCUACCUGACAUGUAGAACAUACCUUCCUGGGUCUUACGGGAAAUUGCGCUGCACUUCUUACUGCUACAUUGACUCCACACAGUGUCGAUACUUCACAUGAGGCAGCAGAGGUGGGCAGCAUCCCUUGCCUAGGGGGUGCUAGGUGCUACACUAUCACCUAUCCAAGAAGGACUGGGACAUAAAAAAACCACCCACCUCUGGGAAAACAAACAAAGACACAUCAUGCUGCUGAUAGCCAUUCUGAGAUUUUUUUUUUUAAAGAUAGGUUUGUCAGAUAGGGAAAAAUAGGACCACUGCAUCCUGUCUUAAUAGAGAAAUUAAUGUCAAGCUGUGUGUGCCAGUGAGACUUCAUGCGGCUGGGAUGGCAACUUGCUCUUCAUCACAAAAGCAACAUUAAACUACUGGAAGCUGAGUUUCAUUAACCAGGAACAUCAUGUAACAAUUACCUCGACUUAGCACUGUUAAACCCAAAUAUAAUCUCUUCAGGGGUUUUGUCUUAAACCCUUCUCUGCAUAAACACAGAGCAUAUCUUGGAUGCAGCGUUAAGAGGGACUUUCUCUUUUAUUACAAUGUGAACUUCGCAAGUGUUGUAUCCACUAGAGAUGACUUCAGCAACUCUAAGGUUACCAAUGCUCCUUCAUUGGUCAAAGGACUUAAAGUUCUUUCAGAAUCAGCAAAUCAGUCAAAUAAGCUGGUUAACAUCACCCUCAGGCAAAGACGUUGUCGGUGUGUGUCUGUGCGCUGCAAGCAGGAGGCCUGCAAAACACACCACAAAAGGACAAACUGGACAAAUAAACUGUGAAAUAGCCAAGAAGUUCUCUCCCAGGAGAAAAUCAGACAAGGAGGGAAGAUAAAAAAGGAACAUACUUCUGUAUUUUUCUCCUCUGUGCUGAACUGGCUGGGCUCUGCCUGACCCCGGGGGCUGCGACAGCAUUGGUUCCCCACCCAGAAACCACGGCCGGCCAUGCACACAUUGUCUUCUCUCUGGUGCCCACACUGGAAGGUCUUUGCAUUUGCAACCUGCUGUCCACCCAGCCCUCACUCAAUUCCCAGUUAUCCCCUGUGCUCCCUCCCCCUGUGCCACUGGCUGAUUCUGCACCAUGUGCCCCAGUGUGUGUUCUCCCUUUUGUACCACCGUAAAUCAGACCCUGGAGUCGUGCAUCCAUGGAUGUUCGGUCAUGCUGUGCAAUGUACAUGUGGAGUUUUGGUUUUUGGGAAGGUCUCUCAACUAUAUCAGCUCUGAUUGGAGUCAGGGUAAUUAUAUACUUAUUUAUUAGCAAGUAGUAAAGAGCAAGUUUCACAUGGAAAGCAUAUUAAAUGUUAUGUGAAAAAAAGUCUAUAACAGCAAAUGAAACCAAGAAUGUGCAGAAUUCAGGACUAAAAGCCUUAAAACAAGGCAUUAUUUUCAUACAAGCCACUCUUUCCUGCUUUGUGGUAAAUGCUGUACAGGACUGUGUGAAAUGUGAGUUAUCUGUGCCAGGGACAGCACUGCAACAGCUGCACUGACUCUGGCACUUCUGUAGAGGUUACAUAAAGGUGGAUGUUACAAGGAUAAUGCAUUAAAGCAAUCAAGAAACACAUGCAGCUUUGACCACCUGCCUAGAGGACUUGAACUAUGCACGUAUAAAGUGAUAUUGGAAAUCACAAAUUAGCAACAAAAAAUGAAAGAAAAUUUGUGUAUCUUCAUGGUUAUCACUUACCUGGGCUAUUUGUGUUGCUAUGAAGCCAAGUCACCAUCAUUUGUAGCCCAGUUCAACGGUUUGAUUUUAUUUUUUUUUUUUUUGUUAACUGAGGUCUUAAUAAAAGGUCCAGGAACCACUGGGACAAGAAAAUUGCCAGAAACUCUGGAAAUCUGGACACUAGUACAGCUGCCUUUUAAGUUUCCUGUGCUAGUGCCAGCAGCAGGUUCCAGCAGCAUCACACCACGAGGAGCAGGUUCUGGUUGUUGGGAGGCUUUCGAGGACAAACACACUCCCAGCAGCAAUCCUGCUAGCCAUCCCUCCAGCUGAACCCCUGGCAGAAUCUGGGGUGGAGACACUCCAUCUGAACUACCCACCUUCUCCAAGGAGUUAAUCUCAACCCCCCAAAAGGCUGGAGUCUCUGAGAAGCUGGUAAUCCCAGUGGCCUCUCACCUUCAUUUUUUCAUUAAAAGCUCCUACCUCCAAAGGACAUUGAAAUAACAAAGCUAUGUGCAUGGAUCAUAGAAAAUGUAAACAGGAGAUGUGGUCACCCAGGUAAAACUACUGUGCUGCUCAUGUUCAGAAAGGGGCCUUUCACCCUGGUCAGGCUGGGAACAGCAUGGAUUUUAAAUGGACAAAGCAAUGUAAAAUACAAGAAAACAAACAAAAAAAAAAAUCAUGCUUCCAUUACUGUCAUGCUCCCCUCAGAAGAUAAAGCAUGAGAAAGACACCUGGGAAGGUGUAAAGUAUAUAUGAUUUAAAAUGCUGCCAAGAAAUCUUUGCCCUCAUUACUCACAUACCUGAUUUAUCAUCAUUUGGGUAUUCUUCAGCUGGGUGAUGCCUGGUCUGCUGCAAAUUGUCUUCCCUCCUUCUCUGAGUUUGGGAACUUAAAACAUUGUGCCAAGACAGGUUCAAAAGUUAAUUGGAAUAUUUCAGUUCCUUGGACUUUUGUAGCAGCAUACACUUUUGGGAGAGUUUUCUAAUGAUUAGUAUGCAACUCAAGGCAAGUACAAAGCAUUAUGCCAUGCACUGUAUUAAUGCAUACAAAAAAAUCUGGCUUGCACUUAAUAUAAGAUUAAAUAUAUGUAAUUGCCUACUGUGUAUAUUAGCAGCUCAUGUCAAUAAAUCAUGCUACCUUAUUUCCCCUAUGU